ACGCGCAAUUCGCCAACUAGCUGAGGAAUUACAAGGCGAUAAAGUUUUGCUGAAACGAGUCAUAUUCCAUCCCAGGCCACGCCAUUUUGCUGCUAAAUCGUAUAGUGGCACUCACGGUUCAUUCCACGGUUCACUCGCUGUUACACAUACUACUGCCAUCAGAACCAAAACAAACCCAACGAUGAGCUUCAAGCGAUCGAGGGAAGACUUGACCACAUCGGACCCGGAGGAAGAGCCUGUGCAAUCUCUGGAUGAGCUCUUUUCUCGAAUGAAAACGAUGUUCGAGAAAACCAACGCGAGGAUUGAAAACUGUAAGUCGGAUCUACAGUCAGAGUUUGCCGUUCUUCGCGAAGACAUGCAGCAGUUCAAAACCGAGUGCUCCAACAAUGUCAACAAGCUGUCUGCUGAUCUAUCCAAAACCCGGGACAACGUCAGCCUCAACUAUGAACGGAUCCUCGUCUGCGGGAAACUGAAUGAUCUGCUGCUGUCUGGUGUGCCCUAUCAGUCUUCAGAAAACAUCUCUAACUACGUCAGGAGCGUCUCGCUUGCUUUGGGCUACAGUGAUCAAGACCGUCCUUUGAUUUACACGAAAAGGCUGGCUCGCCUUCCAAUCGCUGAUGGUACUGCUCCCCCUUUGCUGCUUCAGUUUACCUUCAGAGCAGCACGAGAUGAAUUUUACCGACGAUAUCUCUCGUCGCGUAACCUGUCGUUGUCACACCUGGGUUUUUCUGUCAACAAGCGGAUCUACCUGAACGAGAAUCUGACAGAACUCGCUAGAUCAAUCAAAGGGAGUGCUCUCAAAAUGAAAAAGGACGGCAAACUGCACAGUGUCUUCACCAAGGACGGAUUCGUGCAAGUGAAGGACCGCGCGGAGGAUGAAGCUCGGCCAGUACAUUCUGUGGAGCAGCUGGCCAACAAACCCUUUCCUUGAAAACGCCCUCUUUUCCUUCCCACAACAUCCAUGAUUCCUUUCCUUAAUCCCGGUGUUUCAGUCCUUCCUGAAAGUUAGACCCUUCCUGAACAAGUUAUUCAUCUUCCUUCUAAGUUAAUCCUUGACUCCUAUCCUUAGUUAGUCCGUGACUCCUUCCUUCCUAAAAGUCUUCUGGUGAACGUGGUGUACUGACUGCUGGACUGCUGGGAAUGCUGCUGGAGGGAUGUGAAUGCUGUUGCUGUUUCGGAUGCUGUAGUUGUUGUUGCUGUUGCGGUAUGGUUGCUGUUGGACUCUGCUGCCGCUUGCGAUGGUCUUUGCAACUCUGACCUGCUGAGGACUGCUCUUAAGUAAUAUUUCUGUCUAUCCUUUCUACCUACUCUACUCUAUUCUACCCUAUUCUUUUUGAUGCUAUUCUUCGUGAAACACACAAUUCGAUAAAAGUUUUAAUAAUUGGCUUGAAAAUCUAAGAAGUAUGAUAAACGAUCACUCUUUAUUGUUUUGCUCUGUUAAUUUCGUAAUGCCAACCUUUUGUAUGCAUUCUUCACCUUUCCCGUCAUUUGUUCGCGAUGUUGGCUAGUAAUGGCUUAGCCCCGAAUGCAAAUCAAAACGCGUCCAUUCCACGUAUUGUGAUGAACUGUGCAAUGGAAUCUGAUAAGCUCAACAUAUGCCAUUUGAAUAUCCAAAGUUUAUGUGCGAGAAAUUUGAGCAAGUUUGAAGAAUUUAAGCUAUGCUUUACCAAUAGUAAAGCAAACAUUAUUUGUGUAACUGAAACUUGGCUUACAGAUAAAAUUGAAGACGAAUUGAUAUCCAUUGAUGGUUACGAAUUGAUUAGGCAUGAUAGGAACCAGCAAACUCGUGGAGGUGGUAUUUGUGUGUAUUUUAAAACAAACAUACACUGUAAA